AUGCAUUUGGAUUAUUUCGCCCGUUCAUAUAUUUCUCUUUCUGUCUUUCUUAAUCUAUUUAUAAUGGAAUUGCUCACUCUAUUCCUAUCUAUCUGCUUUAUUUUUACGAAUAUGUUGCUAGCUAUUUGUUCUCGUUUUCUGUAUUUGCUAAUAAAAAAAAAAAAAACAUCUAUCUAUCUAUCUAUCUAUCUAUCUAUCUAUCUAUCUAUCUAUCUAUCUCAGUUUGUUCAUAUCUAUCUAUCUAUCUAUCUCAGUUUGUUCAUAUCUACCUAUCUAUCUAUCUAUCUAUCUAUCUCAGUUUGUUCAUUAUCUAUCUAUCUAUCUAUCUAUCUCAGUUUGUUCAUAUCUAUCUAUCUAUCUAUCUAUCUCAGUUUGUUCAUAUCUAUCUAUCUAUCUCAGUUUGUUCAUAUCUAUCUAUCUAUCUAUCUAUCUAUCUCAGUUUGUUCAUAUCUAUCUAUCUAUCUCAGUUUGUUCAUAUCUAUCUAUCUAUCUAUCUAUCUAUCUAUCUAUCUAUCUAUCUCUGUUUGUUCAUAUCUAUCUAUCUAUCUAUCUAUCUAUCUCAGUUUGUUCAUAUCUAUCUAUCUAUCUAUCUAUCUAUCUAUCUAUCUAUCUAUCUCACGACUUUUCAAUGCGACUGCUACAACGACGAUGAUAUUUCUUAUCUCUGACUCGCCACUAGACCGACUCACUGCAACGACAGUCUCUCUCUCUCUCAACGUCACUCUCGUCUAA